GUAUUUUAAUCGCGUUUUCGAUAUUCUAAUUUAUUCUAUUUGCUUUUCUCAUUAUUCGUCCGUAAUCCUUUUUUUUCUUUUUUUUUUUUUCAUUACUUUUCAUAAAACAAAAUUAUCAGUCCAACAAGUUCGUCCUUAUUUUUCUAUUGUUUUAAAAUAUUCCAUUUAAACUUUUCUUUUAGUCUAAUAGUUUAAUACCUAAUGUUAUUCAAUAAACUUAGUUGACCCAUGGAGAACGUAGUGUUACGAUUGAAAUGUCGUACGGGAACUUACCCAAUGACAGUUCCAUUGACACUUAAAAUGUCUGAUUUGAGAGAGCAAGUGUCAUUGCUUAGUAAUUUGUCAGAAACAAAUUUAAAACUGUUGAUGGGUUUUCCACCUAAGCUUAUACAAAAGGACGAUAUUACAGUUGAAGAUGCUGGUCUUAAGUCCGGUGAUACAAUCAUUGCAGAAGGAGAGUCGAGUAGUCACACUUUUGUUCCACAAGUCAAAGUGGCUACUGAAAGUAAUAUUAUGAAGCAUGUCACUGAUCAAGAGAUUGGAAACGAAGUCCCAUUGAUUUUACGUAAAGUUGUGCCAGCUGAUAAUUCAUGUUUGUUCACUAGUAUGGGAUUUGUGAUGGGAGGUAAUAUUCAUUUUUUUAUCUUUUGCUAUAAUUUUUUAUUUCAUUUCUGUUUGUUGUAUACCUAUAAGUUUUGUAUGGAAUUGUAAACUUUUAUUUUUACUUUCAGCAGUGGGUAAUAAAAAAUUAAUAUAUAAUAUUGUGUUUAGGUUCUCCCUGUGGAAAGGAAUCAGAAUACUCCCAAGGUACUUCUAGCUGUUGUAAGAGGCGACAUAUGAGGAUACUCCAGGUCAACAGCUGGUAUAAAAUUCUGUCAAACAGUAUGAGUUCUAAACAAGACUUUGGGAGAUUGUCCCAUCUCGGAUUUGUGUGGGGACAAGUGAGAGGAAGUACCAUGGUGUACUAUGAUUGCAGACAAUAUAGUUUAAUAAUAGAUAAAUUGAAAAAAGUUUUUUAUUAGGCUUAAAGAAUGGAGUGUAGUACUUGAAGAACAAGGACCUUUACUUCUACUAAUAAAGAUAAGUAAAAGUAAAACAGAGUAUGAGUUUGGAGAAACAGGACAAGAAAGUCAAUGAAUGACAAACAAUAAAUGGUUAUAGGCGAAAUUGAAAGUUUUUUGUAUAGUAAAACACUUGCUUUAAUGAGUAUGUGAAACAUAAGAUUAAGCGUGUUUGGAUAAAGUGAAGAGAAGUAUUGUGUGUUUUAUGUGACAAGAGAAUUCAAUGAGAUUUAAAAUUAAGUUAUACAAAAGUUUUGCAAGACUGAUCAUGUUGUAUGGUUUGAAGUGUUAGGGGUAGAUAGAAAAAUAGAACAGAGAAUAAGUCUAGCAAAUAUGUGAAUGUUAAGGUGGUGCCAAGGAAAAGUCUAUAAAAAAAAAGUUCUAUGAAAAUAUUAUAUUAAUAUCAUAUUUAUUAUUAUAUAUAUUAGGCUGUUUUGAUUUUUAACUUUUUUUUCCAAAUUAAGACUGGAAAUUGCUUCAUUGUAGUCUCAAACUUAACAAAAAAAUUUAUUUUUAGAAUUUGCUCAUCACAUAUUUACUUAUUAAGUUUGAAAGUUACAAGGUUGUACAUAGUUUUUCUUAAAGUUCACAAACAAAUACAUUUAGAUUUACUUAGAAUCAAAUGAAAUUGUACUGUUAUAAGAAUAGCUCAUUUGUAGAAAUCUAUACUAAUUUUCAAUUUUUUUUUUUUUUUUUAAUUUUUAAUUCAUUAUAGUCGAUAAAGCUGAUCUAUAACCAAAGACUGAUAGUAAGGUCAUAACUUACAAAAUAAAUCUUGUUUGAACAUUUUUUGGUUAUAAAGUGCCAGAGUCAUACAACUUUAUAAUAUGUACAAAAAAGUUAUAAAAACUCAAUUUUUAAAAAUUUCUACAAAUAAACUAUUCUUAUAAUUCUAGGGCAGAUUUUUAUAUGCUUUUAAACCUUUAAUUAGGUGUAUAUGUCUUUGAAAUGUGUUUAAAAAAAAAAAAAAAAUAGUAUUUUAAGUUUUUUAGUACAUACAUAUUUGCCCUUGUUAUUAACUUUCUUCAUAUGUUUUGAAUUUUAGGUAGAAUUGAUUUAAAUAGUGGCAACUACAUGCGUGAGAUUAUAGCCAGUGCAGUAAAGAAUGAUAAAGAAACAUUCAAUGAAGCUGUUUUAGGUAAACCAAACACAGACUACUGUGUAUGGAUACAAAAUCCAAAUUCAUGGGGCGGUGCUAUUGAAGUAUCUAUUUUAGCUGAUUUUUAUGGAGUGGAAAUUGCUGUAAUUGAUACUCAAAGCGGUUCUAUUAGUAAAUUCGGUGAAGAUAAAAAUUAUGCUCAUAGAGUAUUUUUAAUAUAUGAUGGUAUACACUACGAUCCACUCUAUUUAGAAUCUCCAUUUGCUGUAAGUAUUUUUUUUUUUUUUCAAUAGGUACAUUAAUUUGUAUUUAUUUUAACCUAAUACCUGUUUAUUUAAAAAAAAAAGUUAAAUUAAAAUGUAUUUCAGCCUGGAGAAAUUCAAACAUUAUUUCCCACAAAUGAUGAACGCAUGUUAGAAGCUGCUCAAAUGCUAGCCAAUGAAGCUAAGUCUAGUAAACAAUAUACAGAUGUUAAUCGAUUUACUCUUAAGUGUAAUGAUUGUGGAUACAUUAUGAUUGGACAGACACAAGCACAAGAACAUGCCAAGUCAACCACUCAUACAAAUUUUAUUGAAUACUAAAAAUGUUAGAUUUACUAACAAUACAAAGAUCAAUUAUUACGGUUUUUCGAAUUUUACUAAACUUUAAUAUAAAUAUUGUUAUAUUUUGGUUUGGUCAUUUCGUUUACUUUAAUAAUUUGAGUCUAGCGUUAUUAUUAUUCAUAUACAAUAAAACAGAUUCUUAGCAUGCCUAUUUUAAUACUGUGAACUAACGAUAAUUUCAAUAUAAAAUAUUUUUGGGAAAAUAAAUUAUUCAUAUAAAU